AUGGUGGGCAUGCUUAAGAGUCAAGCGACCACCGAAUCGGUUACAGAGCCAGACAAGCCUCUCAGCGAGAGUCCGAAAGGCUCGGUCGCAUCCCUCCCUGCUGCUGAUUUCAGCGAGGAUGCCAAGGUGGCAGAUGCCUUGAGGCGCAAGCUCGAUGACGCGAACGCGGCACUGGCGACCAAGGAGAAGUCCGUGGCAUCUCUAGAGGAGCGCGUCAAGGACUUGAGUGCUUCAUUGGGAAGCGCUCGCGCGGAAGCCGACAAACACCAAUCCACCCUCUCCGAAUCAGAGGAGACGAAGGCCGCUGUGCAGAAGGAGCGCACCGAGCUACAGGAGCGUCUCAGCGGUGCAGAAGCCGAGAUUGAGCGGAGCCGUGUCGAGCUGGAUGCUACGCGCCGUGAGCUCGAGACAGCCAGAUUAGCCUUGGCUGAACGCAUGGCAGACCUAGAUGCCGAGCGGAAUCACCGGUCGACGGUCGAGUCCGAACUGAAGACCGUGCAGCUCGAGUGUGAAGUCCUCCAGGAGGCACACGCCCAAGCUCAGACCGAGGCAGAGACCAAGACCGCCGACCUGGAGGAGCUCACCGCUCGCAUCGAGGCGUUGGAGGCGAAGUUCGCUGCUCUCCACGCUGAGCAAGAGGAGAAGUCAGCACGGGUGGACGAGCUCGAGCGGCAGCUUUUGGAGGCGCAGGUCUCCUACGAACAGUGCGCUCUCCAGCGUGAUUAUGCCCAAGACCACGUUCGGGCUCUUGAGCAGCGCCUCGCUGAGGUGACGACUGCGUUGCAGCAAGCAGUCGAGGAGGUCGGCAGAAAGGAGGAGGGCAUCCACGCCGCCCAGGAGGUGUCCAGCUCGCUGGCCAAGCAGUUGCAGGUAGCUCGUUCGAAGGCCGAGAAGAGCGAUGCGGUCAACCACUUCCUCGAGAUCGAAAUCCAGGGUCUGCGCUCGCAGCUCGAGGAGUCUCGCCAGCGGACGGAAGACGCGGAGCACGCCCUCGACGACGCGCGGCGACGAGCAGGGUUGGACAAGCAGGUCAACGACGCGGCAAACAUGCGGCUCCGGAACGAGCUCGCAAACGCCCGCGUUGCAUACGCGACUGUGCGAGAACAGUUCCAGGUCAUCGGGCGCCACGCGACUGACCUCGAAGCUGCAGCACGGAGACACAUGCAGGAGACGGGCUGUUGCAUACAAUGA